AGUCAGCAGUCAGCAGUCAGCAGUCAGCAGUCAGCAGUCAGCAGUCAUGGUUACUAUCCAGGAUUGUGAGGACGCUCUCAAAAAACUUUACGCGCGGGACAUUUCAAGCUUUGUAGACGCUCUAAUACUUUGGAGUGUUACAAACACCAAUCAUACGUUUGGUCGGGAGCUGCCUAACUUCGCGCCAAUAGUGGCGUGCAAUUCGACGGUGUUGGACAACAUCCUGGGAGAGUACAGGACUACGCGCGACCGCUUGGCCGCCUCAUUCAACACCUACAUGGCCCGCUGCGACACUGAGGACGAACGCCAGCGCUGGGAGGCGGUGUUCGCCGGCAUGACCGACGACCGGGCGGUGUCUCGCCUGCGCGCCUCCUAGUGGUGUUUCUCGCAGACUGCCCUGCCAAAUCGCGUCGAAAAUUACAAGGGCAAUCUGCGAGCCGCUAAUGGAUUAUACAGCUUCUUCUCCGAAAUACGCGACUAUUAUUUCCUUGUCUCAAGAAAAACUUGGACAAACCAGAAUGAAUUUCAAUCUUUCAAGAGAAUGAUAAAGCAAUUUAUGGACGAAUAUGUUGAGUUCUGCGGCCUCGUGUCCUCGAACCUGCGCCGUCACGUGCUUCGCCUUUGCAACGAGGCGUUCCCGAUGUUGUUUGAAAUGGCGGAUGAUUUUGAUGCCCGCGAUACCACGGACAACCUGCGCGUCCGCAGCGCACUCGCCGCCGCAGUCUACCGACGCGCUUGUCAUCUAAAUGCGACUGUCAGAAAUCUGCCGAAAAUAUGCUACUGGGAAAUCUUAUGGGCUAAUACGUCAAUUUUUUCGUUCAGUGAAUUUGCAGAAGAAAAUUCUUCAGUAGCACAGAAGGGUCUCCUGAACCUAUGGAAGUUGCACAAGCUGCCGACGAGCGGCAUGAGGGUCACCCACCAAGACCUGAUUUCCCUAUGGAAUCUAGCGGUCGCCAUCCUGGAUAACAAGCGUAGCCAAGCAAGACUCAUUGAUAUAAUGGUGGUGACUAACGUUCAGAUAACAUCGUACGGAGAAGCGUGGCCGCCGCACCUCGAGGUGGAACGCGUCGCCCUCCACUAUUAUGUCAUCGGCUGCUGUUACGCCGCAAUGGGAGUCAACGAAACGGCCAUUGAGUAUUUACUCAAAGUCACCAAAAUGAAGCAACAAAUAAAGAAGGACGAGUUUCUGGUACCGUUCGCGAUGAUAGAAGCAGCAAUGUGUUAUCACUCUUUGAACGAUCGCGAGAUGGGAGACAAUCUCAUGACCACAGCGUGUCAGGAGUACGGCCCCAAUUCACGAGAGUGCAAGAUGCUGCUGCGUGUGUAUGAACGCGUCCUCCGGCACCCGCUCAGCAAAUGCUACUACACUGACACCAACACUGACUCAGACGACGACUAUCCCGAUCUCGGAUUGAAUAUCAGCGAUUUCGAUCAUGAUGAAAAUAAUGAUGCGAAGAAGAAAACGGCUACCGUUGGUGAGAAGAGCGGUAAAGCGAAGAAAGCGUUCGCGGGCACAUCAAGUAAAGCUGGCGGGUCGGGCGACAAGGGUAGCAAUGCAUAAACACCGACAUCCAGUAAGGCGCUGGUCUGCUACGACAAUCCCAUCUCUCAGCACGACGCCAGACGCCACCCCGCGGUUAGCCUUUACUCAAAGCUGCGACAAUUCCAACAAUGAAGCGACUAUAUUUUCGACUUUAGACGAAGCUGCAGAUCAAUUUCUUUGGAUCUUUAAAUAUACUAAAAGAGCUUAAAAGAAAGGUAUUUUGAAUUAAAUGAAAAUUUA